UUUGAUAUCGUGGUACGUAAUAGUAACAUUAGGAAUCGACGACUGACAAGCUUGAUUGCGUGUAGCACAUGUAUAAAGCACACCGAUAUGUCGGUCAUCUUGAAAGGAACCACAGACAUCAACGCCUUCUAUCUCACUCCAUCAAACCAGUCAACUUCCUACACAAUCUUGGACCUUUACGUUCACAAUUCAUUACUCCCUCUAUCACAAAAUGCAGCUCAUCACCCUCGCCGCCGCCGCCGCCGCCUUCUUCGCCACGGCCCCAACCGUCGGCGCAACACCCCUCGACCUCGAAGCCCGCCAGGGUGCUCCCCGUAUCCGCGCUACAUUCUACAACAACGGCGGAUGCCAGGAGCCCUGGGCUGAAGACACUGUGUUCCUCCAGGACGUGCCCGUUGGCGUCUGUCAGGAUGUGACUGUUGGCCCGUUCCAGAGCACGUUCUUCAACGAAAGCUCGCUGACGAGGACUCUGCGCUUCUACGCGCUUCCUUGCUCUGCGGAUGAGGAGAGCGGAAAUCAUUUUGAUAUUGCGCCUCGCGACCCCAAGGUUCCUGGGUGUAUUGCGCAGGCCAUUCGCUCGUACAAGGUACUUUGAGGGGCACGUACAUAGUUCAGAAGUGGAUAGAGAUGAACGGAUUUGCAAGCGGAGCUGCGAGAAGAUGGAGAUUGUGAUGGGUGUCGUGUUAUGAGCCGGGUCCAACACUCCGGCGCAUACAUUUGAUACUCAAGGUGGUGUCGUGUGGUGGCUGUUUUCCUACGCUUUAAAGUCACUCGUUAGGUAAAUAUAGAAGACUGUCGGGGACGCCCCCAGUAUACCUUUCUGCGCUAGACUGCCA